AUGAGCAGCAAAAAUGAAUUGCAUAGAAAACUAAAAGAAAUUGGUUAUGAAAUUGGUCCAUUUGCCUCGAAAGAUACAUUGGCAAUCGUUAUGCGAUUACAUUCAAUGGUCGUUCAAAAAGGCAUCGAUGUAUCCAAAUUGAAUGAUCUUGAUUUGAGAAAAAACUUGAACGAUUACAGUUUACAUGUAGGACCAGUAACGAGUCAAACACGUCCGAUUUAUCAACGUAAACUAUUAGAAGUUAUCACACACGAAACAACUGAAGGAAGUGAAGACGAUAUAGUCUCUGAGCCUGCUCUAAAUUCAUCAACAGCAUCAUCAUCGCCACUUAGACCAUCAGCAGCAACAACAGCAUAUUCCUCUUCCUCAACGUCAUUACGAGAUGGAAUAACAACAAGAAGCGGAAAGUUGAACGACAUAUCGUCACCAACAAGUAUUCCAAACACGGAUCCUCGUGUUCAGUUAACGCGUAUUGAUAUUAGUGAUAAUCUUGGUAUUUCACCAUCGUAUCCCAAAUUACUAUCAAAACAAACAUUGCAAGAAGUAACAUCACCACUUUCGUCAAAUUUAUCAAGGUCAUCAGCCGAUAAUACGACACCAUCGUCACCUCUCAAACGUUAUUCUUCUGGUAUCAACGCAAAUAAUAACCAAGAUGAAUUACCAAACACUCCUCCAAGACCAGCAAUACGACCGACCGGUGGCACCACGUAUGGUUUACGCGAUCCAUAUAAUUUUCAAAAUGAUGAUUAUAAAUCCGUUGCAUCGACCAAUCGGCCAACAACAACAUACACGAGUACUUUUACGCGUUCAAAUUUAGAAUCGAAGUCAAGCAAUGAUAUUUUAUUAACAAACCCAAGUCAAUCUGCGCCCAAAACUCAUUUUUCUUCAAUGUCAACAGCGAAUAAUACUCCAAGAUACGAGAAUUUCGAUGAUUUAAAUACAAAUACAAUUCAUCGACGAACUCAUGAAGCGACCACAAAUAUUGAAUCGAGACCAUCAAAAUACUCUUCAUCACAACCAAAGAAGGUUAUAUUUUCCGAUGAAAAUUUUCCCGGUGAUAAAACGGAUCUUUCUGGUGAAAAAUCAACUGGUGAUAAAAUGGAUAUGGUCGAAGCAGCCAAAGAUAAAGGUAAAAAUACAGAAUUACCAAUUCAAUUUGGUUUUCGAGAACACACGACUAAAAUUGAGAAGAUGAUGAAUAAAUUAAAAUUAGAAUUGCGAGAAGAAAAUGAGAAUCGUCAACGUUCACAAUCAGCACCAGAAACUAAUAAUGAACGUAGUAUGUACACUCACGAGGGAACCUCCCGAGGUGAUAAAUCGCUUUUUGAUCGAAAUCUGGUUUAUAACAACGGAGAGCGUCUUGACGAAGUACUAACAUCAAAUGGAAAUGAAAUUAUUUAUUACGAUUAUAUGCGCGAAUGUAUACGUUUAAUUAAUAAUGUAGACAAGAAUAUCAAUCAACAGUCACGAUCACAACAAGAACUGACAUUAGAUUUUAAGAAUGGUUUCAUUGUUUGA